UCUUUAGAAUCACUUGCUCAUAGCCAAAAACUAAACAAAAUAUGUCUUCUCGACGAAACAUUUCUGUGUUUUUCACUAUUUUCUUGCCUUUCUUCGUGCUUUUGGCUCUCCAAACCAAAGCAAACUUCAACUCAAGUCUUAUUGAAAAAGCAUGCACGAUUAAUAGACCAAAUUGGGACUUUGAUUUCUGCAUAACACUCCUAAAUUCUGAUCCAAAAAUCUCAUCAGCAACAACGCCAUGUGAUUUAGCCAUAGCCAUUAUUCAAGCUGGAAAUUCACAUGCAUCAGAAACUCAAGACUACAUAAAUAAAAAGCUUAGUGAAGGAGGCACAAAUCCUGUUGUUUCUUCAGCAUUGAGUGUGUGUAGCAAAUGGUAUGGUGGUAUUCUUGGAGCAUUUGUGACUGCUUUAGAUGAUGUUCAAGAGAAGAAGUUUCAAUCAGCUAGUGAUCAUGUUGAAUCCGCUAAUAAUUAUGCCAUGAAUUGUGAAGAGGCUUUUGCUUCAAGAAAUGUUCAAGAUGAUGUAAUUUCAAAGGGUGAUAAUCUUGUUAUGUAUUUCAGUUUAUCUGCUGGAGUUGUUAUCAAUAUUCUUGGAGAAACAACUUAUCAUACCUCAGUUUGAUCUUUUGGUUAUUCUCCUUUGUACUUGUGGGGCAAUAAAUAAUAUGUCCAAGCUUAUUUGAGUGAACAA